CCCAUCAUGUGUGUAUAAUAUGCCAUGCAUAUAUGCUCAGCUCAGAUAGAUGCGACUGCAACAGGGACAUCAUCGAAAGUCCAUCAUCAGCCACUAGGUGAUUUUCCACUAGGUGUGUGAACAGUGAGAGCCUGCAUUUUGCAACCCGCCCAAAACAGAAAGCAGGCAAAUCAUCCCAGUGCGCCUGGCCUCCAAGAUAAAGAGAGAUAAACCAAGAGAUAACUAACACGGUGUCAAGAUGGUAGAGGGUGACCCACCUGCUGUGGGUUUCUCCAAUGGCAAUGGAACAGUGCAGAUGAAUGGAAAUGGAGCUAGCUUUGAUGGACCAGCCGUGAUCGAUGUGUCGCCUAUACAUGAGGACGCUCCUUCUGCUAAGCAUGCGAGAGACUCUCCUCCCCCUGCCUACAAUGAUGUCAGUGGAACGAAGGAACAGGGAGACGGAGGAUCUGCGGAAGGAGAGGGUGGAGAGAAGGAAGAAAAGAAAGAGACAAAAGUAGUGGGCACGUUUGAAGUGUUUCGCUUUGCAACUGGUCUAGACGUCGUGUUCAUUCUGCUAGCUCUUGUGAUCUCUCUCUGCCACGGUGUGGCCUUGCCUGCCGUUCUUCUCCUAUUCGGAGAAGUCACAGAUUCUUUCAUCACUACAGCCUCCGUGAACGUGACAGACAAUUUGGCAGCCUUUGAGGAAUCAGUGGACAGUAUUAUAACUUUCUCCAUCUACUAUUCCUACCUGGGUUGUGGAGUACUCGCCCUGGCUUACUUUCAGGUGGUGCUGUGGGACGUGGCAGCCGAGAGACAGAUUCACAAAGUGAGGCUUCGGUUUUUCCAUGCCAUCCUCCGUCAAGAGAUUGCCUGGUUUGAUGUCCAUAAAGGCGGCGAACUCAACACAAGGCUUGCAGAUGACAUUGACAAGAUCCGCAAUGGCAUUGGAGACAAGCUUGGCAUCAUGCUGCAGUACACGGCCACGUUCGUUGCUGGCAUCACCAUCGGCUUCGUCAAGAGCUGGAAGCUCACCCUGGUCAUCUUAGCUGUCUCUCUGAUACUCAUUGUACCCCUGGUGGGAUCUACAUCCGUGAUUAUCCAGCGGAUGACCAAGCAAGCCCUGGAUGCCUAUGCUAAGGCAGGGGCGAUCGCGGGUGAGGUCUUCUCAGGCAUAAGGACUGUGGUCGCAUUCAACGGGGAGGAGAAGGAGAUGGUCAGGUACUCCAGCAACUUGGACCAAGCUAAAUUAAAGACGGUCAAAAAGGAUUUUGCCACACUACUUGCCCAGGGCUUCCUUUUCUUCUCCAUGUUCUCCAGCUAUGCCAUUGCCUUCUGGUAUGGCACAGUUCUGUAUUUAGAUAAUGAAAUUACACCUGGAGAUAUCCUAACGACAUUCCUGGCUGUGCUCUUUGGUGCUUUUGCCAUUGGCCAAGCGGGUCCAAACUAUAGUGACUUCACAACAGCUCGGGCGGCUGCAUCUAGCAUCUGGGAAGUCAUAGACCAGAUCCCUACCAUCGACUGCUUCUCGACCGACGGAAAGAAGGAGAAGAUUACCGGACAGGUGACCUUUGAAGGGGUCCAUUUCUCGUACCCGUCCAGAGCAUCGGUCAAGGUGCUCAAUGGGAUCAACCUGAAGGUGGACGUUGGGAAGACGGUGGCCAUGGUCGGCAGCAGUGGAUGCGGGAAGAGCACCUGCAUCCAGCUCAUCCAGAGGUUCUAUGAUGUUGCUGAAGGCAGUAUCAAAAUUGACGGCAUCGACAUCCGUGACCUCAACGUGAGCUGGCUUCGUGAUCACAUCGGUGUCGUGAGCCAGGAACCGAUCCUGUUUGCGACCACGAUCGAAGAGAACAUCCGCUACGGACGUCUUGACGUCACCCAGGCAGAGAUUGAGAAAGCCGCCGAGGAAGCCAACGCCCAUGACUUCAUCUCCAAACUUCCAGAGGGUUACUCCACAUUGGUUGGAGAGCGUGGAGCUCAGCUGUCCGGUGGUCAGAAGCAGAGGAUAGCCAUUGCAAGGGCACUGGUCAGAAACCCUACAAUCCUACUCCUGGACGAAGCCACAUCGGCUCUAGACACGGAGAGUGAAGCUACCGUUCAACUCGCCCUCGAAAAGGCCCAGCAUGGUCGAACCACCCUCGUCAUCGCUCACCGUCUCUCAACCAUCUUCAACUCUGACCUCAUCUGCGCUUUCAAGGAGGGCGUCAUCUCCGAGCAGGGCACCCACGAAGAGCUGAUGAAGAACGAGGGCGGUGUUUAUCACACGCUCGUCAUGAAGCAGGGCAUGAAGAAAGAGGAGGAGGAGAAGAAAGAGAACGAGGUUCCGCUCGAUGAUGAUGAUGACGAAGAGGUUGAAACAUUGAUCAUUACUAAACGGCCCCCUAGUGCCGUAAGAGGUAAAAGUGAAGAAGAAGAUGAUAGCCAAGGUGAGAAGGUCUACAGAGCAGGCUCUGGAAAGAAGAAGCUGACACGGGUGCUAUCACGGACACAGUCACAGAUGUCUGGAGAUGAAGAAAAACAGGAUGAAGACGAGUAUGAGAAGGAGCUUGAGAAGCAUUUCAGCAUGAUGCGAGUCUGGAAGCUCAACACCCCAGAGUGUGGUUUCAUCCUCCUUGGAUGCAUUGGGGCCGCAAUCAAUGGGGCCGUCCAGCCGGGAUUCGCUGUCGUCUUCAGUAAGAUUCUCGGGGCUUACAGUAUUACAGAUAGAGCUGCCCUCUUUGAUGAAGUGACUAUAUACUGUGUUCUGUUUGCUGCCCUUGGCCUACUCUCCUUACUCGCCAGUAUCAUACAGGGUGUUGGAUUUGGCAAGUCCGGAGGUGAGCUGACACUGAGGCUUCGUAACAUGAUGUUCAGAGCUAUCCUAAGACAGAACAUUUCUUUCUUUGAUGACAAGAGGAAUGGAACCGGUGCCUUGACAACUAAAUUGGCGACGGAUGUCUCUCUGAUACAAGGGGUGACUGGAGUAAGACUUGGUAUGAUCUUUGAAGUGCUCUUCAACAUCGGUGUUGGUAUCGUGAUCUCGUUCGUCUACAGCUGGCAGAUCGCUUGUCUCCUUCUCUUUGCCUUCCUCCCCAUCCUGUCCUUGGCCGGUAUGAUUGGUUGGAAGAUCCUCCAGGGUAACUCCAUCGGAACAGCCGGUAGCCAGGCUGAGGUUGGGAAGCUUGUCUCCGAGUGUAUUGAGAACAUACGUACCGUUCAGUCCCUCAACCGAGGACAGACCUUCCAUCUGAAGUACUGUGAACUCCAGAACCCUCCGUACAAACAAGGGAUCAAGGGAGCUUUCGCCGCCGGUCUUGCGUUCGGCUUCUCACAGGCUACCAUCUUCUUUGCAUACUCAGCUACUUUCCGGCUUGGUGCCCACCUUGUGGGUACUGGAGACCUCACCUUCCCUGAUGUUUUCCUGUCUUUCUCUGCCUUGAUGUUUGGUGCCUUUGGUCUCGGUCGCGCUGCAGGAUCUGUGCCAGACUUCUCCAAGGCUAAGGUGGCAACAGGAGAGCUCUUCUAUUUGGUCGACCGUAGUCCAGACAUUGACACUUUCAGCGAUGACGGGGAGAAACCGGCAAGCUACGGUGGAUCAGUGAGUCUCAACAACGUUCGGUUCCGCUACCCGACCCGUCCUGAUGUCCCUGUCCUGAGGGGGCUGUCCGUCUCGGUGGACCCUGGCGAGACUCUGGCCUUGGUCGGCAGCAGCGGUUGCGGCAAGAGCACCACUAUACAGCUGAUGGAGCGCUUCUAUGACCCUCACUCAGGGACUGUGAUGUUUGACUCCCACGACGCCUCGCUGCUCAACACUCGCUGGCAGCGCGCCCAGGUGGGCCUCGUAUCCCAAGAACCCUGCCUCUUCGACAUGUCCAUCGCAGAGAACAUCAUGUACGGAGACAACUCUCGGGAAGUCUCCAUCGAAGACUGCAUCGAAGCGGCCAAAAAGUCCAACAUCCAUGACUUUGUGGACUCUCUUCCCAUGAAAUACGACACCAACGUUGGAUCCAAGGGCACCCAGCUGUCCGGCGGUCAGAAGCAGAGGAUAGCCAUUGCCAGGGCACUGGUCAGGAACCCCAAGGUCCUGCUCCUGGACGAAGCCACAUCAGCCCUGGACACUGAAAGCGAAAGGGUUGUACAAGACGCCCUGGAUGAAGCCAAGAAGGGCCGAACCUGCAUCACCAUCGCCCAUCGCCUCUCAACCAUCCACAAUGCAGAGAAGAUCGCCGUCAUCCGCGAAGGAAAGCUCGCCGAGUUCGGCAAGCACGAAGAGCUGAUGGCUAUGAAGCAGCAAUAUUAUUCCCUCUACACUGCCCAGUCUAUGCAGCAUUAAAGCCCAUCUGUAUUAGUUUACAGAAGGGAAAAGACCACCCUGCUAGGUCACUGACAGGUGGUUGUCUCAUCAAAUCAGCUCUCAAUUAACAUAAGAAAAAGAGGAUCAUGGGGGACCAAUAGUCACCGAUUAGGCAUUGUUUGCUGUAUAGAGGGCGCAAGUAGCUAUAAGUAGUGCAGUGGUGCUUUAAACCCUCUCGGUACUUGACAGAGAUGCGUGAUGUGUAUCAAGGUAUUGGCUUGUUUGCUGAAGUAUUGAGUAGUUUGCAUCACAAAGAUGUAAUAGUAUUCCUCUUGAACGCCCAGUCUCUAGAGCCUCAUACCCUCUCUGAACUGACAAAAGAUGAAUGAUGUAUAAAGUCAGUGCUAGAAGUAGUGAGUAAAUUUGCAUCGUGAAGAGGCAAUGUUCCUUCUGAAGUUUGAAGUGUAUUAGUGAGUGAUUAAGAUGAAAAUCAUGGGCGAUAUGCACCAAAUACGUGAUUCGUACAGUGAAUGUUAACACAUACAGGAUAAACACUGAA